UAUCUUCUGCACUUUUUUGGCCGGGACAUAAACCUGCAUAAACCGUGAAGAGGUUAACUGAACGUCUGAUAUUUUUUUUAUGACUGUCGAAAUGUGCCGUUUAACAUUAAUUGUGAAAUAACUCAUAAGCAAUGUUUAUUUUAUAAAUUGUUUCGAAUACUUGUAUCUUUAUUGGAAAAAUUUUAUUAAUUCGAUCAUCGAAGUUUAUACGAUCCAACUGUUAUUAUCUCAUCUUGCAGGAAGAAGAUGUAAGAAAUUGCAACAAUUAGUUUGAUGGAUCAUCAUGGCUGUUUUUAAAUCAAGACAAACUACCUAUCUAUUGAAAACCAUUGCAUUAUCUAGAUAACGCAAAGCUUCUUUAAAUUAUACAAAACGUAUAAAUAAUGUCCUUCAGAAUACGUUUAGCUCGCAGCAGGCCAGUUAGACUUUUGGGGAAUGUAGCCAUGAAGUGUUGGGCUUUCAGUGGAGCAUACCUUUUAGUGUGCUUUUUUUUAUAUUGGUUAUAUGGUGGCAUUUUAGCUUUCUUCUUAUUGUGUUUUGCCACAACUGGAAUACUCUAUCAUAGAGAAGAUCAACUUUUGUAUCAUCCAGAACUGCCAGCCCAUUCAAGAGUUUAUGUACCAGCCCCUUCAAUAUUUAGUUUGCCGUAUCAAAGUAUAUAUACUAGAGCUGGAGAUGGUACAAUGUUGCACAUGUUUUUUAUUUCUCAGCCAGAAGAUACAAUGAGGAAGGUGCCUACAUUGUUAUUUCUUCAUGGCAAUGCUGGCAAUAUGGGCCAUCGAUUGCAGAACAUAGUAGGACUGUAUCAUAAUAUUCAGUGUAAUAUUUUAAUGUUGGAAUAUCGAGGGUAUGGCUUGUCGCAGGGCACUCCGUCGGAAGAAGGCCUUUAUAUGGAUGCCCGAGCAGGAAUAGACUAUUUGUUCAGUAGAACGGACAUUAAUACCAAUGAAAUCAUAGUAUUUGGUAGAUCACUAGGUGGAGCGGUAGCCAUUGAUUUAGCCACAAAGGAGGAAAAUUUGCAGAGAAUUUGGUGCCUUAUACUUGAAAAUACCUUUACCAGUAUCCCAGAUAUGGCCUCCUUAUUUGUAGGAUCAAAAUUUUUACAGUAUCUACCACUUUUUGUAUACAAAAAUAAGUAUUUGUCCAUUCUGAAAGUUCGCUCAGUUACAGUACCCACUUUGUUCAUUUCUGGUCUGGCAGACACUCUAGUACCACCCCGCAUGAUGCAGGAUCUUUACAAGAAUUGCCGAAGCGCAUACAAGCGUAUACUUCCAAUCGUGGAUGGCACGCAUAACGAAACCUGGUGUCAGCCAACCUAUUAUCAAAAUAUUAACGUCUUUCUGACUGAACUUAGAGAAAAUCCACCCCCAAGAGUAACGCCUAGUCAUUGGCAAAUUGAUAAUGUUUAGUGUUAAAUAUUAUUGUUUAUUAACAUCAUUAAUAUAAAAGUAAUAUGUUAAAGACACAAAAGAUUUAACUUUAUCGAAUUGUGAACUUUUUCUACUUAUAGAAAUUGUCUUCACACCCUGCAGAAAGAGAGAAGUCGAUUUCAUAACUCUCAAAAGUGAUCAAUAGUUGCGUCCAAAUCAAAUGAAUUAAUCAAAUUAAUAAACAAUUUUUUCAAGUUAUCAUGAGUAAAUUAGUGUAAUAUAAUUAAUUAUUUAAACUUUAUUAGUUCACAUUAAUUGUGAAUAAUUAAAAUAAUCAAUAAUCGAAAAAUCUUAUUUAAUAAGUGGAAAAUAAGAUACAGCUAAAUAUCCCAAAUGAUUCUAUAAUGUGGGAUCGUAUAAAUUAAAAAUAAUGAAAGAUAAAAUCCUUAAAAAAUAUGAUUGAAAAUAGGGAGAAUGUUAUAAAAUACAAGUUUAUUAAAGUUGAGUUUUGUGAUUAUCAAAGUAUGCAUGUUCGCGCAGAUUUUUAAUAUAUUUAACAUUUUUAAUAUAUUUCUUAUUAAUCAAACAAUAUUACGGAUUAUAUUAUUAUAUGUAUAUUAUUGCAGAUCGUUCCUGUACUUUAAGUACCAUUUUACAUAAUAAAAAUUAUAGGAGAUGAUUAUAAAUUUUAACAGCUAUUCUAUGCAAUUUUUGCACAGAUUAAAGAACUGCAUAAAUUGCAUAUUAUGUAAGUUAUAUAAAAAAAAAAAUAAUAAAUAUCUUUUAUAUUUUUUC